CAAUCAAUCAAUCGUAUUUACUGAACGCCUACUGUGUGCAGAGCACUGUACUAAACCCCCGAACCGCUCUCCGCUGCCCACAGGCCCAUCCUCCCCCGACACCAAAGUGCCCAGCACGGAGCAAACAAUGGCGAAGCAACUUCGGUCCAGGAGGUCGCGGAAACCUCCCCCCACCUCCAGAGAGAGCGACUCAGAGGAGGAGCCACCCACGUUUACCUUCCUGAAGCAACCGCCGCCACCUUCGGAAAAAAGCGCGGCGCUCCUGAGUGAAGAAGUGAAGAAGGUGGUGGUGCUCAGUAGCUCUGACUCAGAGGAUCCUCAUCCUCCAUUCAGGCCGAAAGCCACCGCUGCUGGGCCAGCAGAUCUUCAGGACCCAGCAGAAAUCGCCCUCUCUAAAGAGCUGGUCUUAGUUAGUAGUGGGAGCGAAGAGGAGGAGGUUGAAGAGGAAUUGAUACCUCUCGCCGAGAGAGUCAAGGGCAAAGUUUGGGGCCGGGGAACUUCCCCCAGGCCCCUGCCCGAGGCGCAGCGGCAGACACCGCAGUCCUCACUGGGCUCCCAAACCAGAGGAGCCCCGCAGACCUCCGGCAGUAGGGACACAUCGGCCGGAACCGAGGGGCAGUGCCAUCCCCAGGCGCCGGCUUUCCCUUCCAGGGUUAGCUCGCCUGGAAGCGAGGAUGACGCCGAGGGCCCAACUGGGCACCUUGCAGGCCGUCCGUCUGCCUUCCCGGCCGAAAGAGGCCCGUCGUCGUCCCUAGAGAUGGGGUCCGCGUGCCCGUCUCUGCCAAAGAGGGUCAAGCGCGGUCCAGACGUGGCAGGAAGGGCCAGGCUGAAGCGGCAGGAAGAAGCCCAGGAGCGGGAGCGGAGGAAGGCCCUGGCCCAGUCUCUGAAAGCCCAGCGGCCGGAGGAGUGUCUUAAACACAUCGCUGUGCUGCUAGACCCAGCUCUUUUACAGCUUGAAGGGGGCGGGCAGAUCCUCAGCGCUUUGCAGUCCAUGGAAUGUGCCUGUGAGAUUGAGGGCCAGGCCAUCCCCUGCAGCAUGGCGUGGAAGAGGAGAGCAGCGCUGGGCCAGGUCGCAGAGGGCGGUUGGACCGAGGAGCCCGGUGUCCUGGUCGUCCUGCCGGCUGAAGAAUUCAUGCUGUUGGUCCACAGCCCAGAGCAGAGUGGCCACAGGGAAGGGAAGGGCUCGCUCCAGAGCUUUGUGGCCGAUGCCAUGGUGAGGACCCCGGGAAAAGUUCUGUCGCUGGCGGUCGUGGGCGUGGAGAAGCUCUGCAGACGACAGCCAGGCCCUCGGAGCCGCGCUCCGACCCAGGCAAGGCGGAGGCCGCGAGGGGCCCGGGAAGACCCAUCUGCCCCCUCCCUGUCUCGAGUGGCCGUGGAAGAGGCCUUGGUGGAGCUGCAGCUGCAGGCGCAAGGCCAGGUCCAGGUCCGCCUCCUGGAGAGCUGGCAGGAGCUGGCUGACUACGCCUGCAUGUUCACCAAGGCUGUGGCUGAAGCCCCCUACAAGCGCCUGAGGGACUGCACGGGUUUCUCCUUCUAUCUGGAGAGCACCUGGGCUGGAGGCGUCAAGGUGGACCGGGCCGGUACUGGGCUCGGCCAGGUCUGGAGGCGGCAGCUGCAGCAGUUGAACCGGGUCAGCCUGGACAUGGCCAGCGCGAUUGUCGCUGCGUACCCCUCCCCCCGACUCCUGCUUCAGGCUUACAGCAACUGCAGCUCCACCCAGGAACGCCAGCAGCUGCUGGCUGGCAUCCAGGUGCGCCGAGGGGUAGGGGUCACGGCCACGGCCCGCUGCCUGGGCCCCGAGUUAUCCCGGCGCGUCUACCUUCAGAUGACCUCCCUGCACCCUGACCUCUCUCUGGACAUUCUGGAGUGACAGGCCAGCCGAGGAAGCGGGGACAGGCAGAUAGCGGCGCAUUGCUACCGGUGGCCACCCCCUCCCCAACCCUACGAAAUCCGUAGACCCAAGGAUCUGCUCAUUGGUUUACUACAAGUCAUUUAAUAAGAGUCCGCGGACAGCUAGGGUGAGGACCAUGGGGGCGAGGUGGACUGUUGUGGGCCGGGGCCCGGGAAGGUCUCUGUAAACUCCCACCAGAGUGGGCCUGGCUUCCUGUGAUAAAAUUUUGAUCUUG